AUGUCAAAUAUCUCACAAAUUCAGCCUACAGUCCCUCCUCCCGUUCAAACAGCAUCAUCUGAACCGGGGGAGAAGGAUGCCGACUUUCUUGUUCUUCGACAACUGAAUAAGCGCGCUCGUGUUCGCCUUUCCCAAGAUUCCAUAAACCUUUCGCCCAUCCCAGGCAGGGCCUCCUUAUUCGCGGUCGCAAACUCUCGAGGAUGGUUUGCAGCAGUGGGCCGAGAUUCCAAUUCUGGGACAAUUCUUGUGCUGUCGCCCCUCAGCGAUCUUCGCUCCGCAUUCGCUACCGCCAACGAUACGGAUGACCGACCAUAUCAACCUCAAAGGAAGGUUUCCUUGGGUGCUGCCACUCCAAAUAUUGUUGUAUUUUCAUUCAAUGACUCCAGACUCGUCGUUGGGUUUGCUGAGGGGUCGAUUAUGGUUUACGCCACAGAACACCUAUUCUCCUCUGGAGACAGUCCCAUCAAUCCCAUUUACUCACUUCCUGCUGUGCCUUCAGCUUUCGUUGUUUCGAUAUCUCCGAAUACGGGAGAUCUUCCGGAACUUGUAGCUAUCUUACGGGACUCCCAAAGUGUCUCAAACGCAUUAGCAGUGGAGCUUCUCGACGUCCAAAAACUAACAUCUGUGGGAGGUUGGGUAGCAGGGAGUUUACAAAAUACCAUUCCCGCGUCAAUAUCCUGGUCUCCCAAGGGCAAGCAGCUUGCGCUGGGUAUGAGAAGCGGUUCCAUCGUCACAUAUGCACCUACUUCUACCUCCACCCCAAAGUCCAGCAUUCCAAGCCCACCCUCAGCAUCUAAUGCCUGCGUCAUAUCAUCGACUUGGCUAUCUGCUUCGUCUUUCCAUGCGAUCUACGCCCAGCUGCCUCUUAACCCAGAAGUCGAACAAACUCACUUCCACGUCUCCCUUGAUGGCAAAACUAAUUCUGCACAAGACUUGAAAUUCUCCUCACCGUAUUACCCUUCGCCCGGGCUGCGGCCACCUGGUGCAUUUAUCGUGUGUUUGCGAGGGUGGGAUCCCGCAAAGAUAUUGUUAUUUAUGGGAGACAGUACUUCAUCUGACAUUGGGGUGGUCGGAUGUGUAGAAGAGAAUUGGUCGAAUUUGUCGCUUGAGGAAACGUCGACGCCGAGCCUCCCGUUGGACAGGGACAUGAACGACACCGUCCUCGUUGGCCUAGAACUUGAUCUAACUAGCACUGAGCCGUUCCACCACACGAGUGCGUCCGGGGAAGGUGUUCAGUUGCCACCUUCACCUAUCAUGUAUGCAUAUGCAUCAGAUGGGACAUUAGCAGGUUGGCAUAUCCUCAACAUCAAGGGAACACCUUACCCGGGCAUGGUAACCCAGUCCUCGGGAACGACGAGGGAGAACGCUCAGACACUGUCAGCUGUGCCCACCGCGAUAAUGCGGGAGCCGUCCAAUGACAUGCAUGCGUCUCCUAUUGAACCCACUUCAUCCUCUGCCAGUGCGUCAACUUUUGCCCAGACAGCCCCUGAUUUUGGCCAGUCGUCUGCGUUCGGGAAACAGCCUUCAUUUGGACAAUCAUCGUUUGGUCAGCAACUGGGAUCUCCAUUUAGCCAGACACCAACAACGAAUGCUUUCGGCCAGCAAAGUACAUCUGCAUUCGGACAGUCGUCACCAACUUCAGCAUUUGCUCAACCCUCUUUCGGUCAGUCAUCAUUUGGCCAGUCAUCAUUCGGACAGCCCACACCCAUGUUUGGGUCCGCCGCUCCAUCAGCCUCGCCGUUUGCUCAAGCUGGGAAGUCUGCUUUUGACACCACGCCUACUUCGGGAGGGUUUGGGGCAUUUGGCACUGUUGGACCCUCGAAGUUCGGACAAACAGAGUUUGGGUUUGGAGCAGCACAAUCUAUCGCGCCUACACAAAGUGCAAUAACAUCAGCUUCUGCAGAAGAUAGUAUGGCUGCAGAUGAUACACCCGGCUUUGGUCAGCUGUCACUCGGCGGCGGUAACCCUGCCCCUCAGGGUGCUGAUUCAAGGCCCUCCAUUUUUGGGAACACAGCUACAUCUCAAUCUUCUCCUACAAGUGAUUCAGCGGGAGGUGGAUUCAUCAAACCUGCAACCGGCUUUGGAGCUCUUGGUAACGGAGGCCAGCAAAAGAGUCCGUUCAAUGCGUUCGGUGGUGCGUCGACCACAUCGACAUUUGGAGGUGGUGCCCCAGCAACUACCUCGGCGUUUGGAUCUGCUAUCCCACCUACUUCUGCAUUCGGGAAGAACGGAUUUGGAGUCACACCUGACCCUAGCUUUGGGAAGAGUUCAUUUGGGCAGUCUGGGUUCGGACAAUCCAGCUUUGGAACGUCGGCUUUUGGAAAAUCGCCCUUCGGAUCAACCACCAUUACUGCACAAACACCAGCACCUACUUCCGGAGGCUUCGCUGCAUUUGCGACAGGUGCCCCAAAUGCUUUCGGAGCUAUUACUUCCAAUACAGGUUCUCAGAAGCCUGCAUGGGGUAGUGCAACCAAUGCUGUGAAACCCGAUGCACCAACGCCUGUCCAGGCAAUUAACGUUCCACGCGAGACGUCUGUGCCGCGGGACGAAAGCCGGUCUCCUUCCCCUGUCGCGCAGAGGGGUGAAGAGACCGAGUCUGGAUUCAAGAGCUCUGCGCCAGCUCCAACGACAGGUGCCUUCAGUAAUUUGAAGCCAUCUUCGUCUUCAUUCUCGAUGAAACCCUCCUCUGGAUUCGGAUUGGGAGAAACACCGAAAGACUCUCCGUUUUACAGGCCGGCGCCAGCACAGCCACCUGUCUCUGCAUUUGCCCUAGCAUCAAGUUCCCCUUCAACACCAACAAAACCUACUACCGGGGCUCCUGCCUUCGGCCAGUCGUCGAUGCCUGGUGCCGUAACGAAAAGUGUCUUUGGGACCAUGACGCCUAGUUCCCCAGCUCCUACAUUUGGUGCGUCAUCCAUGCCAGGAGGGGCGUUCAAGAGCCCACCCAGCCCACCCCAGUCAGCUUUCUCGACACCUUCAACGGGUGGUUUUAGUGCUUUUGCGUCAGGUGGAGGUGGCGGUUUCAGCGCGUUUGCGGGUGCACCAAAGUCGUUUGGAGAGUUGCUGAAGAGCACUGGUGACAAGGCCAAGGAACCCCUGAAGACAGAAUCUGUCAAUGUAUUUUCCGUACGCAUUGUCGAGCCUGAGACACCCGCUAAAGAGGCUACGAAUGUCAAGGUAGAAGAGCCGCUCACGCCUACUAUGCCGGUUGCAAAGGCGGAGGCUGUUAAGCAAGAGGAAACACCAACUAGAACAACCACUCCACCGCUUCCUGUGGUCGAGGAGAAAGUGCAGGAAGUGAAAGUUAUAGACAACAAGGCUUUGCCUCACGAACCUUCCUUGGAGUCCAUUUCUUCUUCAACAGCCUCAUCCUUCGUUGAUGUUUCUGCUGAAGAUGCGACCGAGGGUGAUGCGGACUCGACUGCUGAUGAAUCUGAUGAGGAUGGGGAACUCGAAGACGACACGAAGUCAUUUAUCUCUGAUGAUGAUGAUGAUGAUGAUGAUGAAUCGGAAGAGUCGGAAGAGUCUGAAGAGUCUGAAUUGCCAGACGGGCAGGACGAGCGGGAAGAAGAACUGGAAGAAGAACUGGAGGAGCUGGAGGAACAGGAGAAACUACAGGAAGAGCAUAAGGAAGAGAAAAAGGAAGGGGAUACACAUCAAGAAGUGCGGGAAGUGCAGACGCAAGAAGGAGAGCCUGAGUCAACAGUGGUUCCUUCUUCCAUCCAAUCGCCUGCUCCCAGGUCUCGAUCGACCACUCCAAAAGCGGAGUUACCGACCAUUACAUUGUCAACUUCGCCUUCUCCGCCUCGAAAGAUAUCUCCAGUUAGGGACCAGAGUACAACACCACCCGGAUCUCCCGUACCAGAGGCUCAAUGUGCCACACCUCCUGUGGUUUCGCCUCUUCCAAAGCCUCCUGCCUCCUCCCCAUUCGCUAUAACUCCCAGGACGACCGGUACUCGACCGGUUAAAAGUUCACCUCUUGCAAAUGCCCCCCUCACCGGAGACAUGGAAGCUCCUAGUUUCCUACCCCAAGCGAAAUCAGCACCUCCGACUAUGGUACCACAUCCCGCCUCACCGAGGCCGCAAUUCGGCGCAUGGGUACCCCCAGUGAAGCAAGACGCAGAAUCUGAUUCUUCCCGGCCCAGAACGCCCCCAGUUCUGUUCGGCAAGAGUGCAAGCGCGCCGGCCAUCACGGCGCUGCCUAUGCCACCAGCGUUUACACUACCUCCAAAGCCCCUGCUGACUACCACACCGCCCGCAGCGUCUAGCAUCUUCGGUGCUCCAGCUCCAACUCAGUCUCAGACUCCAACCCCACCAGUCUUUUCGCCCCCUCCAGCAGGUUUCUUUGGUUUUUCGAAGCCGAGCGAGAGUCCCAGCCCCGCGUCUCCCAGCAUCUUCGGCACGCCAGCCAAAACACCGGAAGCGCCUCCUACUCUCACUCCUCCGCCUCCUGGCGUUUUCAGUAGCUUCAAGACACCUGGGGCUGUAUCUGCUGGUCCCAUGUCUCUGUCUCCAGGCCCGCUGCCAUCUGCAGUUCCCCUUCCUUCUAUAUCUCCACCAGCUCCGCCCAUCGAACAAGGCAUGCAGUCUGAGUGCUCGUUCAUGGUCUCACGUCUAACGUGGGAACUCGAUAAUCUGAAAACUAUGGCAGCGCGUGCAACACAGCAAGCCGCCGAACUCGGGUCAAAGAAAACACCAGGACAAUCUCAUGUGAAAGCAGAUCUUCCAGAUGCAACAAAAUGGGCGCCUGGAGACAUCAAGGAGUAUGGUCGUGUAAUGACUGAAGUCCAGGGUGACAUCAAGGAGAUAAAGGAGCAACGGAAACUUCUUAAACAAUCGCUGAAGGAACUUGAAAGUAGUAUGUUGAAGGCGGGAACAAGAAAGGAGGAAAUCAUCCGAUUUACUCGAGCUCAGACGGACAGUGAGUUUGCGAAGAUGCUCAAGAUCAGAACUCUUGGACCAGAAUAUCUGGAGACUCAGUCGCAACUACGGAGGGAUAUAAGGACGAUGGGGGACCGAGUACAAAAGCUCGAGGACCAUCUGCAAUCCUCUAAAAAGAGGCUUGCGGAGCUAAAGGCAGGCAAGCCGAGCCUAAAGGCACCGUCUUUGGAUACCGUGAACCGCGCUUUCCGCAACAUUGAUAUCUCAAUCACGCAACAAAGCGGGGAUGUCGCAAAACUUCAGCAGCGAAUGAGCAAGCUGGACAUAUCCUCUAAUGUCUCCGGUCCACGAGACAAACAGCUCUCGGAGUCAAGCGUUAAGAAGCCGUCGGCCGUAAUUCCCCAUGUAGCAGUUACCACAGCUGCUGCAUUGAAUGCCGAACGCUCUGCACAGAAGUUAAAGCGGGCUCUGCUGGCGGUGAGGAAGGAGCCCUUACUUAACAACAAGGCAGCAUCCAAACCCGCGCCUACGUCAUUCCUAACGCCAAGCAGAGCAGCGGUGAAGCAAGAGCCCACUACACCUACUCCUAUUAGUUUCAUUUCCCUUCCUAGCAGCGCCUUGCCUGCGUUCAACACCCCUAUAUUCACGCAGGGCGGGUGGUCGCCAGAAACGUCCAUCAAUUAUGACGAUUCUACGUCUUACACAGCAUCAUGUUCGCGUCGCCCACAGCGAACACCGAGACAUGGGUCUUCAGCUAAAUCGGCGGCUAUGCUAAAGUCGGAGAUUCUCGAAGCUUCUCCAACGCCCGCACCAAAAGCCCCCGCUGCUGUAUUUGACUGGGGACCAUUACCAAUUGUCGCACCAAAAACAACACUGUCUGCUGAUGUUCGGCCCAAAGGUUUCAAGUCGUAG